AUGAGAAGAGAGAAAAUAACCACCAAUGGAAUAUGGAAUGGAUCCAUGGAUCCUACAAAUGAAACUGCCGAAAAUUCUCUGGUUUCGAAGUAUGACAAAGAAUUCAGAAUAAAAGCUGCAAUGUUCCUAACUGGAGUAUCUGGAAUAUCAGCUAUAAUAGGUUUUGGAGCCACAGUAGCUUCCGCUAAAAAACAGGAUCCAAAGUACUUUGGCAAAGGCAUGAUAGCAACCAGAGAAUUACCGGAAACUGGAGCAAGCUUAGCUUUAAGAGCAUUGGGAUGGGGCACACUCUAUGCAUUUGUUGGUUGUGGUGUACUGUUCUAUGGUAUCUGGAAAUUAUCUGGGGCACAAGAUAUGAAGGAGUUUCGUUACAAAGUAGGGUCAUUACUGCCUAGGAUUCCUAAAAAUGAUCCACCAAAAAGCAGAACUGAGUUUAGUGGUUUGAAUGACCUUUUGAGUUACUUAAGCACCAGAAAGGGGGAAAAUGAUGAUUGA